CGGACACGUUUUAUUGUAUUAUUUCAUCACAACAUAAUGCUAGCUAUCCGUUACAAAUUGCAAGACUAGUAUCGUAUAGUGGAGCACUAACAAUCAAUAAAGACAAUGGACAAACGUGAUGUUUGAGAGCUCAACGGAGCAACGCUGAAAUUUUGGGCAAAGGAAUACUUUGAAACACCGGAACAUUUGAAACAAUUGUUUGUUUCAUUUAUUAUGUCUGGUUCGAAGCGGUGGAAACGGACCUCAAGUAUCGUGAUGUCGGGUCCAUCGAUCGCAUGGAGCAACGUCGAUUUCACUCUUAAAGAAUUUGUACAGAAAAACACGUUACCACAGGCGGUUCGAGUCAAGAAAGACGCCAGUAAAUCGAUUGCUUUCAAAAGCAGCGUCGACUUGAUACUUCACGAAUCCAAAACAAUAAAGAAAGUCGAAGCAUGUGUCGUAUCCGAAGGAAAGACGUUCGUCCUUCCCUAUGACUGCCCGGCGAAGGUAUUCCAGCUUACAAAAGCGGAUGAAUACGAGAGUUUAGGUGAGCUACGCAAGGUGUUGCCAACAUGUCGAUUUAUUUUUGUGACAAGCGAGCCAAAGGAUCAACAACUAGCGGACAUUGAACGUGGGGAGGUAUUGACCAUUGUGUUUAAAAGAAACAUUAGCGGUUCUGAUGUCUUUACUUGCACUCGUAAGAAAUCCGGCGAGAAGAUUGAAAUUAAAGCAAGUGCGAAAGGAGGUUUUGCUGCUAUGGGUACCACAGCUGAGCGAAAAAUAAACGACUUCGUCCGUCAAUAUUCGACGUUUCCUGUGGCAAUUGGCCUGACAGAGUCGACCCUGACAAAUAAGGCAUUUAGUGCACUUAACGAUGUUAUAUCGCAGUCAAAAAGUGGAUUAAUACAUCUAAAAAGAUGUUUUGCAGUUGAUACAGUUAUUGGUUCUAGUCUUGGUAAAAAGAAGACUGUUUAUGCCAUUCCCAAAGCGCUGGAAAUUACGGUAACCGCUUCAAAAGCUUUGUUGCAAUCAGACAGCGAGCAUACGGACUUUUGCAGGAAGUUACAUGAAGAUGUGGAUCAGGCAUCAGUCACAACUCGUUUGAAUCUGGCCGUGUCCUUUUCAAAGGUUGAAAAUGAAGUACUACAAUGGGUCUACGGAGACGAUAGUGCCUACGAUGAAGUGGUGCCUCUUGCAACGGGGAAAGGUAAAAAUUCGAAGGUGAACGGCGAGUUACCAAAGCGUGACGGGGGUGUUAGGGAGCAAGUACGACAAAUCAGUGGCUCUGACUUAAAUAGCAAAGAAUCGAAAGAAAAGAUCAAGGAGAAAGAAUCGAAAGAAAAGAUCAAGGAAAAGGAACCGAAAGAAAAAGAAAAGCCAAAGGAUAAAGAACCAAAAGAGAAAGCGACUAAAGAAAAGAAGGAUAAAAAGACGAAAGAGGCUAAACAAGAGAAGCCUAAGGUUGAAAAAUCCAAAUCCAACGAGAAGCAAAAGGACGAGGGUCGUAAAGUGUCAUCAAGUAAGGAAGAACCAGUUGAAGAUCCGGUAGAAGAUGACGCUGGUUACCUUGUUCCUGCUGAGCUGUUGAGAGCGCAAAGACAAGCCUCAGAAGAGGAAAAUAAGGCUGGUCAAAGCAAAGAAAGAAGCUCGAUUGGGGUCCAGUUGGGCCGUUUUAUGGACAAGGUGAAAGGCAAAAAAGAUGGAAAGAAAACUGACCGUCCAGUGAGCAAUAUUGAGAUCGUACAUGAAACUCAUGGGGAGCCAAUCAAGAAGAGCGCUACCAUGCCCGCAAACAGUAACAUUAAGAAACCUGAUCUUAAGAAGAAAGCUACAACAAUGAGCGCAGAUCAACUGAAUAAAGAUGAUACGGAUGACACAACAGAUGGUCCUGCCGCAAGUUCAAAGGAGAAGGAAGGGAAGAAACGGGAUAAAGGAGUGUUUGGAACGGCUGGAAGGAAAGCUGGGGCUAAACUUCGUCAUAAAUUAGCCAGAAAUAAAGCGGGCGAUGAAGACGAUAAUUCGAAAUCAACUUCACCAACAUCAUCUUUACCAACACCGCCAAAAGAUGAAGAAAUAGAUGAGCAAGACAUGUAUGUCACACCGGUCGACAACCAGCUUAGCAACUCCGCGUCAACGUCGAUUGCUGACCGACAGCUUCCCUCCAUCCCUCCGGAAGAGCUUCGUAAGCCGAGUACGAUUUCGGUUCCAGAUAUUCCGUACGACGACGAAGAUCUUUACGACGAAAUUGAACCGAAGAAAAGCUUCAAAAUUCCCAAAGAUCUUUCAAAACUCAGCACGAGCGAUAUGUCUGAAGUUCUGCGUGCUCUAAAUAUGGCCGAACAUGUGCCGAAAUUUAGAAACGAACAAAUUGACGGCGAAAUAUUUAAAUCUUUAGACGAAAAAACACUUGGAGCACUCGGAGUAAUAGACCCCGUGCAAAGAUUAAAGGUGAAGAAAUUAUUGAAGGGCUGGCGACCUAAGUGAUGAUGAGAUAACUCGUUAGUUUUGCAAUAUUCACCAUAAUAUGAUUGUAGGAAAAUACUGUUUCAAUAAUCGGAUGUAAUUUACGCACACGAUCUAAGUAAUCUAUAAACAACAACCGCACGAUAUGCCAGGCUGCUUUCCGAGGGGAAAUUCAAGAGCGUCGUAUACUGCUAACCAGGAUUUGUAUCAACAUUUGUGAGAAAGAAAAAGUGCUCAAAAUCGCGUUUGAAAGAUCAAGAAGAAAAAUAUGGACUCUCGAUAUGAGGCAGACCUUUUACUCAACCCAGCCAUCAGCAGAAGGGGCAAAUCAUGCAUUCUAGACUAGCGAUAUGAAUUAACAAUAGAAGUUAAAUUAUUUUAGGUUAAUAAUAAUAUAAGAGGCGAGAGGAUUCGUAGUCACGUAAUUUGUAAGCAAAUAGAAUCGGGCUUUGUUGCCCUUACACACAAGUCAUACAAAAACGAAGGAUUGCUUUACUUUGAAAGGCGGCAGAAAAACUAUAAAGUUUCUUUUGACUAAUCAUGCGUUUUGUCCUGUUUUUAAAUCCUAGUGCGCCUGUAUUUGAAGCUAUGCAGCUCGUGUUUAAAUUGCUUUUCCUAUGAAUAAUCAUGCAGCUGGUAACAUACAAAAAAUAACUUGUCCUUAGAUUAACUUUAUUGCAUACCUUUGUCUCUACAGUAUGAUCAGCAUUUUUAGAUAAUUAAGCAAGCCUGUAUAUUUUCAUCAUAACUUAGAAAAUACGUUGGAAAUUCACUUUGUAAAAUUCUGUAAUAAAUCUUUGCCUUGUGUCACCGUCAACUGCUUUAUAGAA